GCGACGUCACCCGGAAGUGGGUGACAGGGGGGCGGAGCCCGGCAGAAGAUGGCGUUCCUGCGCUGCAGCCGAGACCCCUGCGGUGUUAUCUGUCUGAUUUUAACUUAUUUCAGCGUGUUUUACGCGGACUACGUGGUCAUACAGUAUGUCCUCAUCCCCACCUACCCGGACAGUGUUUGGUGUUCUCUGCAUGGAUCAGUGUUCAACCUGAUCCUGCUGCUGCUGCUGGCCUGUCACUCCAAAGCCGUCUUCUCAGACCCCGGUAUGGUGCCUCUUCCUGAGACAGCCAUGGACUUCUCAGACCUUCGCUCGCAGUCGUCUCGGAUGAACGAGCGGGGCUGCGAAGGCUGGACGGUGUGCAGUUGCUGUGAAACCUACAGACCUCCCAGAGCGCAUCACUGCCGCGUCUGUCAGAGGUGCAUCCGCCGCAUGGACCAUCACUGUCCCUGGAUCAACAACUGUGUCGGAGAGCUCAACCAGAAGUACUUCAUCCAGUUCCUCUUCUACACCGGCGUGGCCAGUCUGUACUCCAUGGUGCUGGUGGUGUCGGCCUGGGUGUGGCGGAUUAGGAACGAGAGAGACGGCGUCGCCGAGAAGGAAGGAGAGGAGACGCCCAGCAAGCACCUGAUAGUCGCUCACUACAUCAUCCUCCUGGUGGAGUCGGUGCUGUUUGGUGUUUUUGUCAUGGUCAUCGUCUACGAUCAGCUCGUCUCCAUCAUCACCGACGAGACUCCCAUAGAGCAGAUGAGGAACAGGCUGAUGAUCAAGGACCGAGGCUCUUCAUCCUCCUCCUCUUCCUCCACCUCCUCUCAGCCGCCCCACCCCCCCCACACCCGCAAGCCAAAGCUGGCUCUGCUGCGGGAGGUGUUCGGAAGAGGUUCGGUCUUCUGCUGGCUUCUUCCUCUCCACGCCAACCCUCCGUCAGUUGGCGGCAUCACCUACUCCGCCCUGCCCGACUACGACGUCUGACCUUUGGGCGAGAAAAGUGUGUGUGUGUGUGUGUGUGUGACUUGAUCCCCAGAACCUAAACGAGUGGCGCCUCAGACCCCUAGGUUCAUGGUCCCCGUCUUGUCCCGAUCUGUAGUUUAACUACCAGCGUUCUGUGAUUAUUUUGUAAACACAUAUUUGUUUUGGGGAUCUACUUAUUUAUUUUACACCAGCAGCUGAUAUCAGAUGUGUUUAAUCACAGAGACAUCCACCCAGCACUUACUUUCGUCCGCCAUGUUUUCUGCGCAAUAUCCCGUCGACUGAGCGUGGCGUGUACCGAUUUUCCGACUCGUUUCACAGACUUGAGGCGUUCACGUGACUCUUUCCGGUCGGGAACUCGUUUUUCCUAUUAUUCCGACACCACAUGAAUGCAGCACAAUAGCCUGUCUUGCAACGUUAAGGAAAGGGAAGAAGAAUAAUGUGUGUUUCCACACCUGACCCACAUAGAAAGCCCUUCAGGCCAUCACGACUGAUACUGAUGAUGGAGUCAGAUACACAUUGUAAACACGGGGAAUCGGAUGAGAAGGGGACUUCUGGGAUGAGUACGGAGCCACAUGUCCGUGCAGAGAGUGACGGCGGGGAGGGAGUUUGGACUUCUGGCCAGUAUUUAUGCUCACAGACGUUUUAGCAUCAAGCGGUGGAAACCUGCUCUGUGAAAGAGAACGACCUGAAACCUCGACACUGAAUUAUGUUCUGUCUUUUGAAUAGAAUCUAAUUCUAACCCAGGUAAUGUCCAAGCCAAGCUUUAAAUAGUUACUCGGGAUGCACUUAUAUGGACAAUAUCUGAUAUUUACGUUCUUAUAAUAUCAUUUCUUCUUCCAUUUGUUGGAACUAAAGCGGGCGAGAUCAAACGUCCACAUAGUUUUGGCCGCGUGUUAUAUUUACGCAUGUGGGUCAUUAUAUAUUUUCUAUUAAUUUAUUUGUAUUCUCAAAUCAACCUCUUGAGCUCACGGUAUGGAUUAACGAGCCACAUUUAAUAAUAUACAUGUCCUGCAUUAAUAAUAGGAGUAGAUGAGAUGUUCACGUGACGUCUCACAGCUGCAGAAUGUCCACAAAGACGUUUAUUUUCAUGUAGUUCUUCCUGGGUUUUGUUUUGUAGUUCAAAGAAGAUUGGCGUGCUAACUAACUAAGCUACACUUACAGAUUGGCACUACACACACUCGGAGUACACUCCUCAGGGAGGAUUCUUAACUUAUUUAUUGUUUCUAACUAUUCCGUGGAGUUAACUCUACCAACUGUGUUGUUAUGUUGCCUUCACACUGACUGACAUCUCACUAUAAAUAGAAAGAAGCAGUUUAACAAGGUGUUCACAAACGUUCCUCAGAACUGCCCGUUGGGAAAUGAUUGUUUCCGCUGCCUUUUUUAUUACGUUUUAAGAGAAAUCCAGUUCCUCUUAAACAAACUGUAUUUAAAAUGAACGUCUCUUAACAAAGUGUGUGGUGAGUUGAGAUGUACGCAGCGUGAUGAGACGCGUGCAGCGCUGUCGAAGGGUUUUUAAUGCUGCAUUCACACAAUACUUCACUCUGCGGAACAUACGUUCUGCGGAAGACAGAACCGUCGUUACUUUGUUAUUGACUUUUUGGAAAUACGCUUUCUUAACGAGAGUUAGAUGAGAAGAUUGAUACCACUCUCGUGUCUGUGCGGUAAGGGAGCUACAGCUAGCAGCCGCUUAGCUUAGCGUAGCUUAGCUUAGCAUUGAGGCUGGAAACAGGAGGACCAGUUGUUCCCGGUACAAAGAUGGAGUUGUUGUGCGGAUUAAACAAAUACCAUAUAACAGGUUAAUUACGUGUUUUGUUACCUUUUGGAGCUAAGCUAGCAGUUUCCAGUCUUUAUGCUAAGCUAACCGUCUCCUGGCUCCAGCUACGUAUUUAUUUCACACAUGUGAGCGUCCAUCUUCUUAUCUAACAAGACAAAUGACUCUUUAAGCGAAGAGAACGACGGCAAUAUAUCUGAACAACGUGUUAUACAUUCAGAAUAUCAAAGACCGCCGGAUGCUACCACUCGUAGCACGAGACAACUGGGACGCUCUGAUUGGCUGAACCAUUAGAGCAGAGAUUACAUCACAUUUCUGAACCAGUGUUGUGUGAAUGCAUGUGUUCAAACCUCUGGAUGUGCAGCCGUCCUCGCACAUAAGAUGCCUUAUUUCUGUUGGUUUUUAUAGUGUGUGGCUGCAGGAGGCACUCAGGCAGGAACACUCGCAGUGCGUCCUCGCCCCGGUUAGCUGUGUGUGUGUGUGUGUGUGUGUAUGUGUGUGUGUGUGUAUAGGAAGGUUCAUAUUUUAUAUUGAUGAUGUGCAAUUCUCAUGAAGGGAAAGUUUCUGCAAACAUUUCCUGUGUGUUUUCUACAGCGACCUGAGUAACUCAAAACAAGGUUUGAAAUGUUUCUGAGAAUACUCACGAGGUGCACAAAGUUUAGUCUUCUGGUCGGAAUCAAACAAAGAUGGAAAACGUGCUUCUCUUGCCUUUUCUGUAAAAUCCUAAUAACUUACAAUCCCACAACAUUCUCAAAUCAAGUGCUCCUUUGUCAAACACCUACAAACCUUUCAAACUUAGUUUUGUGUGCAGGUGUGUGUUAACUAUCAGGGUCCUGGUUGCUUCUUUGACUCUUUGAAAAAAAAUGCAGUUGAUCUGUUUUUUUGAAUCGAUGUUACUCAACAGGGUGCGCUUGUUUCAGCUCAACUAAACAAGCGCACCCUAAUUUUUCUGUUUUACAUGACAGCGGGAAGGAAUGUGUGUACAAAGAGGGCCUGAAACUAACGCUUGGAAACCAACCAAACAUUUAACACUCAGUUCUGCGAGUUGGCCAUUCAAAAACCUGGAACUUUAUUGACUUCUGUGGGGAAACAGUCGGAAAAGCCAUUUUUAUAGCUAACCCAAUAAAAAAACAAAGAAGAAACACACAUUUAUUUCAAAUAUUAAACCAAUAAAACUGAAGAGGAAGCUUCAUUUCCCAAGUGUGGAUGUAGCUGAAGUGUCUUAAACCAUCGAGGUCAAUAACUGAUCUUUUACAUCGACGUUAGUCGUCAUGUUGUGCACUUUGACCCCUGAGGGAUUACUCCAAUUGGUAAAACUGUGUAUUUGUUGGCUGGUUGGCCCAAAAAAAGUUAUUUUCUCGCCCUGCAAACAAAACCAACAAAGAGUUUAAUAUCAUGUGGCUUCAUGAUGAACAAGUUUACAACCAACUGAUGUUUUAUUUAUUGUCGCUAUCUUGAAACUGUGUGUUUUUCCUAAUGACAUGCUGCUCAACUGGAAGUAAAACGGAUGUCUUUUAAACUU